AAAAGGUUGGAGUGAGACUUCUUCCCAAAACGCUGUCAAACUAUCUCUGCUGCAAGCUGUAAACAAGAGCGCAAGUUACUUAGAAACGUCGUUUUAUACGGUCUGUUUUAAUUAUCUAGAGUGAGACAGCUCAUUGUAAGAGGAAAAUGGAGGAUGAUACACUAACGACGUUGAAAAUAUUGAUAAUAGGAGAAAGUGGUGUUGGAAAGUCCAGCCUCCUCUUAAGAUUCACAGACGACACCUUUGACCCAGAACAAUCAGCAACAAUAGGUGUUGACUUCAAAGUGAAGACCAUUACUGUGGACGGUAACAAGGCAAAGCUGGCAAUAUGGGACACUGCAGGACAGGAGCGUUUCCGAACCCUGACGCCUAGUUACUACCGCGGUGCCCAGGGAGUCAUCCUCGUGUAUGAUGUCACACGACGAGAAACCUUUACCAAGCUAGACAACUGGCUCAACGAACUGGAAACGUACUGCACAAGGAACGACAUCGUGAAAAUGCUCGUCGGAAACAAAAUCGAUAAGGAAAACCACGAACUAGACCGGGCCGAAGGGCUGAAGUUUGCAAGAAAACAUUCCAUGCUUUUUAUAGAGGCGAGUGCUAAGACCAGGGACGGGGUUCAGUGUGCAUUUGAGGAGCUGGUAGAGAAGAUCAUCCAGACUCCAGGAUUAUGGCAGAGUGAGAACCACGGCCGAGGAGUGCAGCUCACCGACGAAGACGCGGGAGGCGGAUCCUGCGGUGGCUACUGCUCUCUGGUCUAGACGACACACGUGCAUAUAUACACACGAUCAAACAUACAUGUGUGAAUACCACACACAGUAUCACACACUCAAACACAAGCAUAUACACACACACACACACACACACUUGAAAGAACAGCCUCCGUCUUCAGACAUGAAGGCAGUGGAGGUCUGGCUGUCUCCCCUCCGCUGAGCUGUACGGGUUGACCGUCCACACUCUCUACCUGUGUUCACACAGACACUACUUUUUGCACACUUUCUAAAAACAACGCUGCGCUAAAACGCAAAAGCAGCUCAGCCUGCCUCUUAAUGACAUUUGAGUGAGUUUCUCUCUCUCUCUUUCUGUUUAUGUUUUGUUUUGAGUUACAGUUUUGUGCAGUUUCAGGACCUUGGUCAAAGUAAUAACCAUUUCUCAGUUUAUACUCUGCAAUUUAAUUUUAACAAGGCAGUGAAGUCCAGUAGUGUAAACCAAAGUUUGUCAGACAUAUGGCUAAAUCUGUGAAGUAUGAUAAUGAGAAUGGAAACAGUUUUGACCAAGGUUUCUUUCUUGUCUCCAGCAUGCUUUUUGUCCUCGGAGCACCUUGCCUUAGCAAGCACAUCUGUAUCAAUGCAGGGCUGACUUUUUUCCAGUGUUUGUCUUUCCUCCGCACCGUCCUGCGCUUGAUCCUACCCCCCCUUCCCCCCCACCCCGUAGCACAGCACCUAUGAACUAUAUGCUGCUUAUAGAGAAGCUUAUCAAGCCAAGCCAUCUUAUACUCCCUCUCAACACUCUCAGUUAAAGGCUUGGAUCACGUGUCUAUGUUGUCCAUACAACUGCCUCGUUUGUUCAGAAUAUAAUAGAGUUACCAAGCGUUUGGAAUGAGAUUUUACUACUUUUAUUGACUUUGACUUCAAACCUUUAGUGUGUUUUGAAGAGUGCAUAAAUCCAAGAGAUUGGCACCAGUGAGCUUUCCACUGGGUGCCGAAGAAGAGGGAGCCUCUUAAAAUUGCACGCCUUUUUUGUAACGAGUUGCUUUAAUGGAGUGCGACCUACUGGCACUCCCCCACUCAGACAGAUAAUAUCAGUAAUAUCACUAGUACUGCUGCAGUCUUUCAUAUAGAUCCCUUUGACUGGACAGAGACAAAGGAAAAGUGUUCAAUAUUAAACAGGGCAGUGAGUCAUAAGGGUGUUUCCACUAAAUUUGGAAAAUCAAAGAAAAGGCUGUGUGCUCCACAUUGCUAAUGGAUUUCACAGUACUCCUAUCUCUGUGUUUGUAUCUGAGAAGCAGUUAUAAAUGUACUGUACCCUUGAUCUCUGACCAUGUUUGUAGUAUUCGAAUGCUGGUGUGUGAUCUUUUAACAGGGGUGAUGAAAAUGACAUGGAUGCUACCAAUGUGUUAUGAUAGAUGGGAAUUUUAUUUUUUUUUAAUGUUUUUUUUUUUUUUUAAUUGCAUGGGAAACUCUGCGUGCCAUUCUUUGUGUUUGUUUGUCCAGUGAAAGACCUUCAGAGACUAUUUGCUAUAAACACCUUAACUUAUAUUUAGCUGAAAAUAAAGCAUUACAUACAGGUUUACCAUUUGAAUUUAAUGGUACAAAAAGGAAGAAUGCUUUUACUUAUCAAACUGGUAUAGCUGUCUUUUUUGUGUUCAAAAAUAUGUUUGGAACAUGUAUACUUUGUAAAUUGUGUGUAUUUUUUGGAAUUUGGUGGGAUAAUUCCUGUAUGAAUUGUAAAGCUGAAUGUAUACAUAUUUCACUACAAACCGCCCUAUGUAUUAAACUGAAUAAAAUUCUUUUUUAAGUGAAAA